AUGCCGAGCCCAACACGCGCAGAUUUGCUUCCUAACCUUGGCACGCUGAAGCCCUUGGCGAACGGAACACGUAAGGACUGCGCAAACUACGCAGAGGCGCCGAUUGAGCUGAACGCAACAAUCACAUAUGACUGCCAGGAUGUUGCCGAAAUCUACGACGUCAACGUGGACGAACUCAAGCAGUGGAACCCAGAUCUCGCAAUCACGCCCGGCCUUGAAAGUGCCUGCGAGCUCCAAGGUGGAUACCGCUACUGCGUUGCGCCCGACGAGCGCCGUUGGCCAGAUAUGACAGAUUACUGCAUCCGGGAGACCAUUGCUGAGCCCGGGUGGAGUUGCGCGGACUACGCUUUCUGGUUCGGGAUUAAUUCAACACACCUAAACGAGUGGAAUCCGAAUAUUGGGGAAGAAUGCGAGAACUUCCGCGCAGGUAUGUUAAAUUUCUACGGUCAAGUCUCAAGCUGCACCCGUUGGGUCAUUGCAAAUGCUACCGAAGUUGGCGUCAAUCCUUGUGAUCAGUAUGUGAACAACAUCAAAAUUCCACAGGCGCGCUUCGUAGCAUGGAACCCCUCCGUGGGAUCGGAUUGUGAGUUUCGGUCUGAGCCGAUGGUACCAUCAUUCCUGAUCACUAACUAUGCGUAUUUAUCAUAG